UUGGCUAUCUUACCUGAUCUGAUAUUUGUGGAGUCCGACAGUCCGUCAACGCAAGUGAUUUUUUAAUCGAGCCGCUCAGGCGCUCACCGUCACCGCCGGGCAUGGACUCGCCACCGAUCCAACCCGCUCUGCUCGCCCUGACCCUUGUUCUCCUCUUAGCAGCGCUCUACAUCGCGCGCCGGCGCCGCGCCCGCGGCGAUAACCGGAAGUACCCGCCGGUGGCCGGCACCGUUCUGCACCAGCUGCUCAACUUCGGCCGCCUGGUGGAGUACCAAACCGAGCUCUCCCGCAGGUACCGCACCUUCCGCAUGCUCACCCCCGCCUGCAACUACGUCUACACCGUCGAGCCCGCAAACGUGGAGUACAUCCUCAAGACCAACUUCGCCAACUACGGCAAGGGGAGCACGCUGCACGACCUCGCCGAGGACCUCCUCGGCGACGGCAUCUUCAACGUGGACGGCGCCAAGUGGCGGCACCAGCGGAAGGUGGCCAGCCACGAGUUCUCCACGCGGGUGCUGCGCGACUACAGCAGCGCCGUGUUCCGCGACACGGCCGCGGAGCUCGCGGGCAUCGUGGCCGCCGCGGCGCGGGGCGCCGGGGAGAGGCUGGACAUUUCGGACCUGCUGAUGCGCUCGACGCUGGACUCCAUCUUCAAGGUCGGGUUCGGGGUCAGCCUGGGCGUGCUGUCCGGAUCCAGCGAAGAGGGCGCGGCGUUCGCCAGGGCGUUCGACGACGCCAGCGAGCAGGUGCUUCACCGCUUCUUGGACCCGUUCUGGAAGGCCAAGAGGUUCCUCAACCUCUCGUCGGAAGCGGCCAUGAAGCGCUCGCUCCGCACUUUCAAUGACUUUGUCUACGCCGUCAUCGACAGGAAGAUCGAGCAGAUGGGAAGAGACCAGCAAGAAUUUCAGGCCAAGAAAGAGGACAUCUUGUCGAGGUUUCUGCUCGAGAGGGAGCGAGACCCCGGAUGCUUCGACAACAAGUACCUCCGGGACAUCAUCCUCAACUUCGUGAUCGCCGGCCGCGACAGCACGGCGGGGACUCUGGUGUGGUUCCUCUAUGUGCUCUGCAGUAACGAGGCUGUCCAGGACCGGAUCGCGGAGGAGGUACGCGCCGCCGCCACGGGCGACCGCGACGUCGGCGCCCAGGAGCUCGCCGCGAGCCUGACCGAGGACGCCAUCGGCAAGAUGCAGUACCUGCACGCCGCGCUGACGGAGACCCUCCGGCUCUACCCCGCCGUGCCCGUCGAUGUGAAGUGUUGCUUCUCGGACGACACGUUGCCGGACGGCUACGCUGUCAACGAAGGGGACAUGGUGCACUACCAGCCGUUCCCCAUGGGCAGGAUGGAGUUCCUGUGGGGCGCGGACGCCGAGGAGUUCAGGCCGGAGAGGUGGCUCGACGGCGACGGCGGUGUCUUCGUCCCCGAGAGCUCCUUCAAAUUCACGGCUUUCCAGGCGGGGCCUCGCGUCUGUCUGGGAAAGGAGUUCGCGUACAGGCAGAUGAAGGUCUUCGCGGCUGUUCUUCUCUACCUCUUCAGGUUUGAGAUGUGGGAUGCCAACGCCACCAUUGGUUACCGGGCUAUGCUCACUCUCAAAAUGGACCGCCCGCUGUACGUUCGCGCGUCGCUCCGGCGAUGAUGUGCCUGAUGCGAAGAGGCCAGGCACGUUUGUGACUUUGAGCAUGUCCCCAUGCAUCCUCUUUACGUUGAAACGCAGGAUACCAUAUUUUUACUUCUUUAUGACAUCAAUAACAUGGAGCUCAUUACAUUAUUAUAUUGAAGUAUCUUAUGAGAAGUUUAGCAAGCUUAUCUACGCAAAUAAAAUUGUCAGCGUUAAUUGUUGUA